GGUAUCCCGGAACAGGAAAGUCCCGGUUCAGCUUGCCCCCAUAAGAUCCUGUCUCCCUCCCCUCCACUCUCCUCCCUCUGCCCCUUCCUGCCUCUGGCCCUUGCGAGAGGCGCCGCUUCUCUCCGUGCGGGACGGGUCUGAGCCUCAGAGGCGGCUAGGGUAUGGGGACGGGGCUCUGGGGAUCGUCCGGCUGGCUCAGUCUCCAGCCCUGAGCCAGCAGUCCGCUACCCGGAGAGUACUGCUGCCUUGAGCCCGCAGGGCUGAGCUGAGAUCCUGAAGUUAGGGUUUUGGGGGGGGGGUUUUGUUUGUUUUGUUUCUUUUAUUUUCUUCCUCUCUGUCCUCGGUGCUUACAAAGAGCCAGUGAGGUUUGCAGCGAGAGAAAGACUGGGGGAGGAGGAAGAAUUAAGUAAGGGAAAAGAUGGCGAGUUGCAGGAGUAGCGUGGAGAAAGCAGCAUUUUUGUGCUGCUUCUUGCUGGUAAUGGGGAUCCUAACCUCCUGCGCCCGGCCGGAGGAGGAGGAAGAGCAAGAAGAGCAGCGCUCCUGUCACGGUGCCUUUGAUCUCUACUUCAUCCUGGAUAAGUCUGGAAGUGUUAGAAAUCAUUGGACUGAGAUAUAUUCUUUUGUGGAAAGCCUAGCUGAGAAGUUCAUAAGUCCAAUGUUGCGGAUGUCUUUCAUCGUUUUUUCUUCACGAGGCACUACAAUCAUGAAAUUAACAGAAAACAGGGAAGCCAUAAGACGAGGACUCAACAUUCUUCAGUCUGAAGUGCCUGGAGGAGACACAUUCAUGCAUGAAGGAUUUAAAAGGGCAAAUGAGCAGAUUUACCACGAAACCUAUGGAGGAGUUCGGGCUGCUAGUGUGAUUAUUGCUCUGACGGAUGGAGAAUUGCAAGAUGUUCAGUUUUAUUAUGCAGAACAAGAAGCCAACAGAGCCAGAAGCUUUGGCGCUAUAGUUUAUUGUGUUGGAGUGAAAGAUUUCAAUGAAACGCAGCUGUCAACAAUUGCUGACAGCAUCAAUCAUGUUUUUCCAGUUACGGGAGGCUUUUAUGCCCUAAGAGGCACCAUUGAUUCAAUUCUUAAGAAAUCUUGCAUUGAGAUCCUAGCGGCUGAACCAUCGAGUGUCUGCGCAGGAGAAUCCUUUCAAGUUGUGGUAAGAGGCAACGGCUUUUAUCAUGCAAGAAAUAUUGACCAGGUACUCUGCAGCUUCAAGCUCAAUGACAGCGUUACUAUCAAUGAAAAGCCAACCCUUGUUCAUGAUACUUACUUACUUUGUCCUGCCCCAGUGAUAGAAGAUGCUGGACAGGUUGUUUUCUUACAAGUCAGCAUGAACAACGGGCUAACGUUCAUCUCCAGCUCUGUCAGCAUCACCAGCACACAGUGUCUGACUGGGACCAUCCUUUUCAUUGUUCUCCUGGUUCUCUUUCUGCUGCUGGCUCUGGCUCUUCUGUGGUGGUUCUGGCCCCUUUGCUGCACAGUGGUGAUCAAGGAGCCACCACCACCACCACCUCCAGAGCCUGAAUCGGAUGAUGAAGAUGGAUUGCCAAAGAAAAAGUGGCCAACCGUGGAUGCAUCUUAUUAUGGAGGUCGAGGUGUUGGUGGGAUUAAGAGGAUGGAGGUGCGAUGGGGAGACAAGGGGUCAACAGAGGAAGGAGCAAAAUUGGAGAAGCCCAAAAAUGCUAUUAUUAAAUUGCCGGAACAGGAGUAUGAGCCAUGGGAACCCAAGCCAAAGAAGCCCCAUGUGAGAAAACCACCUUCCCAGAGGAAAUGGUACACUCCAAUCAAGGGCAAACUUGAUGCACUGUGGGCUUUGGUUCGACGAGGCUAUGAUCAAGUCUCUCUUAUGAGACCACAACCAGGGGACAAGGGAAGAUGCAUGAACUUCACUCGAGUGAAAUCGGAUGGAACCUCUGUCCCUUACAGCCCACCGCCAAAGCUGCCACGGCGUGAGGAAGUUCCUCUCAACAAUGCUGCAAGGAAUCAUUCUCCUCCUGUGUCUCUGCAGCCUCCUUCCAGGCAGCCACCUCCUGGACCACCCCCAUCCCGAGUGCCCCCUGGACCUCCUCCUUCGCGCCCACCACCACAGCCCAUGGCUUAGAGUGCAGCAAAACCCUGAUCGACGAAACAUGUCUCUUUGCUGAACACAGCAUAUUUAUUGAGUAUCGGUUUACAGUUAAAGAUAGCAGAAUUUGUUGCUGGUCAGCAAAAAAAGAAGAAAAAAGUCAAAAAAAAAAAGAGGAAAAAUUGCCAAGUGUCAAUUUUAGUGUAUGAAUAUAUUUAUACCACACGUGCUGAGUAAAUAUUCAGUGGAUAGAUUCAGAGCUAUGGGAUAUAGAAACAAACCAAAGUGAUCAUCUAGAUACAGUAGCAGCUUUAUAUGUACACAGUUGAAGAUCUAUUUACAUAUGACAUUUGUCUGGCUUGGUAUGUCAAAUCAUUACUAACUUUAGCCGGUACAUAUGCAUCAGCUGUUUUGAUAGCUGCCACCUGCAAGUUGGUUAAACAUAGUUCAUUGAGCAAAUUGCUUUAUUUUCCCAACAGUACUGCAUCCAGAUGAUAAUAUGGAACAAUAAUUGCAAAGGUAACUUUUUGCCUUUGGUUCUGCAGGUGGAAUUUCCAUGGAAGUUUAAAAGAAGGCUAUAACAAUAAUGAGGUAAAAUGAGACUAUGUGCCAAUAAUCAAGCAACAGUAAUCUAGCUUGAAGAGGGAUAUCUUUUUCUGCUGAGAAAAUUGGAUUUGAACCUGCCAUCUCUGCGUAUGUUUAAACUCAGUUGCAUAGGAUAGCCGCUGAUGGCCAGGGUUCAGAUUUGUCCAAAGUUCAGAGGAAUUUAAAAAAAAAACAACAUUUUGGCCGGAUGUUUAGUUUUUAUUUACAGAAAAUGAGUUCUGAAAUGGAGCCAACAUUCACGCGAUUUGAGCAUGAAUGCUGUAAUAUGCAAACAGCAUGUAUUAUUUUUAUCAGCAGCAUUGAGGGAUUCCAGUAUAAUUUAAUUGGAUUAAUUUUCUUUUGAUCUUACUGCCAAGCAGAACUAGAUCCUCUUGUGAUUAAAAUAUGAAUUUCUCUGUAAGUAGCUCUUUAGACAGCUCAGAUCCUACUAAAUGUAACCUUGCAGUCUACCUGUGGUUGAGAGGCAUGGCGUGAAGUGUCAGCAUGAGCUUUUGUCCCUGUUUUAUAUAUUGUUUGGCUAAAGUACUUCCCAAAUAGUGACUGCUCACCUCUGACCUCCAUUCUCUGUGUCACCAGAAAAUGAUGGGAGCACCCACACAGAGGUGGGAAUUUGUGACGCGGGAGUGUGGGACAGCCCAUGAAUAGUGUUCACUGAGCAAUACCUGAAUGGGUUGUGCCCAGAUCAGUCCCUAGUGAAUCAAAGUAACACCUGAGCUUGCUUUUUCUUCACCACUACCUAUCAUAUUGGAGAGGGUGGCUGCAAAUUCCUGUGCUGUUUUGCUUUGGCACUGGAUGUGUUAUUAGGAUAGUUGUAGAAAUAAUGUUUAUGUUGCAUUAUGACACAGCAUAUACCUAUCUCUCCAUCUGUGUGUAGGUGGGGGUGUGUAGCACAUCACAGUAGUUACUGGCACAUAAGUCUAAGAUAAAACACUAACAGAAUCAUGCAGUUACUCCAGAUUUUAGACCUCUUUAUGCAGUUGUUACAGGCAUAUAAAAUUGCACUGGUACAAAGAGAGAUCAGGCUUACUCUUUCCAGUGGAAGUCCCACUUGCAGAACACCAUACCAAGCUCUCAUAAGUCUAUGCUGAUCACUGUGACAUGCCGUGUGUAUGCAGCUGAGGCUGUCAAAGAUAAACUCAGAAGAACCACAGAGCCUCUUUCUCCUCUUGCACUGCUCUGCUCUUGAGUUAUGCUCUUACCUCAUGUAUAUUGGUGCAAGUAGUGACAUCAUAGUCAUAGGUGCCUGCUGGCCUUGGAGCAGUUCCUAAUUUAGGUCUAAGCCAGCAAAGCAUUUCUGCAUGCAUUAAAAUGUCCUGCAAGUUGAGAGGAACAUCCUUACGCCCGGUACUUUGCUGACCUGUGACUUCAUUGUAAUCAGAAAGGAGAACUGGGGUAUACUUAACCCUCUCCUCACUCUUUUUAGUCACUUGAAUAGGGUCUGCAUAAUUUGGUUCAUAAGAAUGGAUUUCUGUUCGGAGGAGAAAGAAGUGUGUGUGCAUGUGUGUGCGUGUGUCUGUGUGUGGGAGCUGUGUCGGUUUUUGUUUGGUUUUUCUUCCUUUACAAAAGUUGCUCGAAGAGUAGCACUGCUAUGAAUGGAAAGGCGUUUUGCAGACAGUGUGACACACAGUCACAGGAGUAAGCUUUAGCUAAGGAAAAAGCCUGGAAGCCAGAUUUUACAUUGUCUUGCACCUGUACAGAUCUUGAGGGUGGUCAUAGAGUUGCAGAUUUGUACUGAUUUGUAUUUGUUAAUGUUGAUAGAACUUGACUUACUUCCAGUAAGAAUGGAGGUGUUGGCUUAGGGAGUGCUUCUCACAGUAACAUAUCCGACAUGCCUGUUUUUUUGCUGUUGAAGGGAGCAAUAUUCUUUGCUGGUAUAGCCAGUCUUGCAGAGAUAGCAGAUACUAACAGUUUCUGCAUCCCUGUCAAGUGCAGCGAGAAUAGGAGUGGUUUGUGCUUCCAGGUGAUGAGAUCUCUAUAUGAUAAAGCACCAUCAAUUUGAAAUUAGAUUCAGCAUAAAUGGAGUUUCCAGAAUUUUCACUAUAUAAAAUUAAGCAUUUGGUGUGUAAGUCAUGUUUUGGCUGCAGCUUCUGCAAUAGGAGCGCUGCAGGUUUAGUUUGCCUGUAAAGUGGGAAGAAGAAAAAGUGAAUUUGAACUGAAUUGCCUUUGCAAAGGUGGGAGGCAAUGAAUAUGCUACACUGGCUACAAAAUGGCCUGUUAGUUGUGUAGAAAUGUCCCCAUUUGCAGUGAUCUCAGACACUAUAACAAUGCAGUAGGAGAAAACGGUUGCUACUUCACCAUCUGUUGAGCUUGAAACUUACUUGGAACAAAUAAAAUCAGAAUAGGCCAACUGAAAUCAAGGCAGUAAUACUGGUGUCUAUCAGCUGAGACCUGGCUCAAAAUAAAUGGACAAAAAUCCCUCCAACUGUCUUGAUAUUUCAAGGUUUGUUAUGGUAUGCUUGUAUGUCAGUUUUGAUUAUAGGAAAUAUUAACUAAUGUUCUCAUGUGGGAUGAUUGUCCAGUAUUUUCCAGCAUGUAGCAUCAUCCAAAACUUGCAAAAAGUGGAUAUCUAAUGCUUCCCCAAAUCUAAGAGAAAAAUAUGGAUUAGGAGGAUCUUUGGCUAACAACACAGAUGUGACAUGGCACAAGUCGCAAAGCAGCGGGGAUGGAAAUCCCAUGUGUUUAAAGCUGAUACAGAACCACGUUGAUCGAAGCAUAUUUACAGCCAUCUUUCAACCUCAGUGCAUGUAUUGCCAUCUGUGAGAGUAGACUGCAGAGCAGACGGUCCUAAAUGUAAAAAGGGGGGGUGAGGGGGGAAAGAAAGGAAAAGAAUCAGCUCCUCAUCUGAAUGAGUGAGCAUAACAAUGAAUGACAUAUUUCCUGAACUGUACCAGUUCAAAUGCAUGUGCACCUGGUGCUCCUAAUGUUUUUUACUCCUGUUGGUCUUUAGACAACAUGAUCAGUUAUAUGCUUUCUCUCUUUAUUUGUAUGUUUGGUUUUAUUGUUGUUAUUUCAUUUGGGGUUUUUUUUUUUAGAAAAACACGUUUCACUGAGAAAACAUCCCUACUUCUGUAAAUAUAGAGUUUAAUUUGGAGGAGACAGCACACUUCUGGAUGUUACUGCUGGACAGUUAUUUAUUAAAAGGGGCUUAAGGUGAAUAAAUACAGGUGGCUCAGGAUACAUGCAUGCAAGUGUGAUAAUGCAGUAUAGCAUUUUCAGUUCUCUGUAGUUUUUAGGGAAUGGGAAUUUUUGGGUCAUCCUAGUUUGUUUAGAAGUUUGUACUGAUCUGAUACUUUUGAAUAAUGCAAUAGACUCCUAACAUAUAACUGCUUGAACAGAUGUGUAGAUUAUGAUAGAUUUUAUGGGGUUUUUGGGGGGAGGGGGUAGUGAAGGAAAAAUGUUCUAGUUUUGAAGGGAAAAAAUGUACUGUACUAAACCUUUUUUAGGAGAAGAUAAGUGUUUUCAGAAACAGUGGGGAUGUGGGCUGAUAGCUGGGGCAUGGAGGUGAGGGACAGAGGAAGCAGUUAGAUUUUGGGGGAACAGAGAAGUUUUUACAUGGGUGUGUGGGUUCGUUCCUGGUACAUGUGGUACAAAGUUCUGUAACUGACAUGCUGCUUCCACGUUAUAAUCCUAUAAUCUUUAUACAUUUUAUGCACCUGCUCCAUUUUUUCUGAGAAAACUUUGCAAAUGUAAUGCCUGCAUGCAAAUGUGGGAGAUGUAGCCGAAGUGUUAUAAUCCAACAUAAUGUAGUCUUAAUGGAUUCAAAAUCAACAAUAAAAGUGCUUACUGGUUAAACACUA